AUGGGCAUGCAAGUCUUUUAUUCAUCCCUUUUAAAGAUGUCGACCUCCAGCGUUGACCGUUGGCCUGUAGACUCGCAGAACCAGUUCUCCCUCUCCAAGCGCAGCACAUUCGGAAAACCCAUCGCCUUCUCCGAAGACGUCAUCCCCGUCGCCAACCCCCGCCGCCUAUCGCGGGCACCACGACUAGAGGAGGACUACCGCAGGGCACAGGGUGAGGGCCCACUAUCGAUCCCAAAGGCCGGAACCAACCCCCCACAGCCCGUACCAGAGCCCAUAUUCCCGCCAGACCAGUUUGCAGUCAACGAGAGCAUGACCGCAUCCUAUCGGCGGCGGUCAUGGACACUGAAGCCGCGGAAUGGAGCGGGGCCCGCAAAGCCAGCGUUGGUGACCAUCGCAGAGUUCGAGGAGGGGAAUGAGCUCAAGUCAGGGUUUGUGUCGUGUGCGGCCUCGAUAGCCUACACCUCGCCAUCCGUAUCACGCUCAACGACCUACACCUCCCCCAUAACCGCCACCUCCCAAGCCGCAGAGAACGGGUCGGGGGAACAUGCGCACGACACAAAGGCCCCCCUCCGCUCCCCCCCACCCCCAAGAACCGACCCCGGCGCCCCCCCAAUCCCCAAGCUCCCCGACGCAACCUUCAACCCCCUCCCCUCCCCAACCCAAUACCUCCCCCAAUCCGCCCGCCGCCAACGCAUCUACCGCGUCAACAGCCGCAGCACCACCCCCAAACGCACACCCAGCAAAAAGUCCCACCCACACCCCCCAAAAGAAAAAAUAAUCACCCUCGCCUCCGCCGCCGCCGCGCGGCCAAAGCUCAUCGAGAUCAUCCCCGCCCAGCGCAGCCGCAGCCGCAGCCGCGGCAUACGCAACUCUGCGCCCCCGAAGCUGGCGGCGCUGGGGGAGGGGGCGGGGCCGUAUGAGCUGCCGGGUGUGUCGUCGCCGAGAGCGGUGGAGCUGCCGGCGGUGGUGGUCGUGGUUGGAGGGGGGUCACCGACGACGCCGACGCUGACCUUCACUGCGCCUACACCGACGCCUUCGCCGGCGCCGGAGGGGAUUCCGCAGCCGACGAGGAGGGCGCCGGCGCCGCCGGUGGUGGAGGAGGAGAAGACGGAGAGGACGGAGAGGACGGAGAAAGAGAAGACGGAGAAGACGGUGUAUAAGCCGUACCGCGCGCCCACGCCGGAGGUGGCGGUGGUAGUGAACGAGAAGCCGCUUCCGGUUAUUCCGCCGCUGAAGACGGGACGGCCGGUGGGGAAGAAGGCGGCGCAGGAUGUGGUUGUGGAGAAGAAGAAGAUGGAGGCGGUCGAGAAGAAGGAGGAGGUGAAGAAGACGGUGGUGAUCCCGGAGGCGUUGAGGAUUGGGAUGGCGAGUCAGAGCUUGGAGGCGCGGUUGGGGAACUGGGAGGCGUUGGCGGCGGGGGAGAGGUAUUAG